AGGUAUCAAGUGAGCCUAUGGUAGAAGUUCACAUUGAUAAGGAAGCUCUGGUGUCUUAUGUAAGAUACUAGCAUAUAGUUCUCCACAGAGUUGACAGCCAUGACACAAGGAAAUGACACUGAAGUCACUGAUUUCAAUCUCCUGGGAUUUGGUGUCCGACAUGAGAUUCAAUGUGUCCUCUUCGUUGUAUUUCUUGUGAUCUAUGUGACAUCCAUGAUGGGGAAUACUGGGAUAAUACUACUCAUCAACACUGAUUCCAGACUUCAAACACCCAUGUACUUUUUCUUACAACAUUUGGCUUUUGUUGAUAUCUGUUACACAUCUGCCAUCACACCAAAGAUGCUGCAAAACUUUGUGAUGCAAAAUAAAUCAAUAACUUAUGGGGGGUGUUUAAUGCAACUGUUUAUUUAUGCAGUAUUUGCCACCAGUGACUGUUACCUUCUGGCCGUAAUGGCCGUGGACCGUUAUGUCGCCAUCUGUAAGCCUCUUCGCUAUCCCACAAUCAUGUCCCGCAAAGUCUGUAUCCAGUUGGUGGCUGGUUCCUAUCUCAUGGGCUCAAUAAAUUCCUCCGUCCACACAGGCUUUACCUUUUCACUGUCAUACUGUAAGUCGAACACUAUCAAUCACUUUUUCUGUGAUGCCGUCCCCAUUAUCAUCCUUUCAUGUUCCAACAAUGAUAUUAACUUCAUGCUAAUUUUGAUAUUUGUGGGAUUCAACCUCAUGUUCACUGUGUUAAUUGUCAUCUUCUCCUACAUAUACAUCAUGGCCACCAUCCUAAAGAUGCCUUCGAAUGCAAGCAGGAAGAAAGCCUUCUCCACAUGUGCUUCCCACCUGACAGCAGUCACCCUUUUCUAUGGAACCCUUGCUUACAUGUACCUGCAGCCUCCUUCAGAUAACUCUGAGGAGAGUAUGAAGGUGGCCUCUGUGUUUUAUGGCAUUGUGAAUCCCAUGUUGAACCCUCUGAUCUAUAGCUUGAGAAACAAGGAGGUCAAAGAAGGUCUUAAAGCAGUAUGCAAAAAGUUCUUUAGAUUGGAUCAAAAUUAUUAA